AUGUCCGCACUAUGCUUUGCAGUAAAAAUUGUUAAUUUCCAUUUGUUUCUUCCUCAGAAUAAUAUUGAAAAAUCUCUUUCAAAAGAUAAUCGUAAUGAUGACUCUGAUAAGUUCGAUUCCUAUGAAAACUUGGUAGCAGAACUAUCUACGCAUAACUUAAAUCUAUUAAACCGAAUCUCAGACCUUGAAGCUGUUAUUCAUCUCUUUCUGAAUGAACCUCCUUUGGUAAAUCCUCUAACUAUAAAGGAUGAUGAACUGCGACAGAAAGUGAUCAGUUUUCUGGACUAUCAAACACAGUUAGUACAAAGUUAUUCAUCCACUAAGCCAGCUGAAGAAGAUCUAAAGGAGAAGGAUGAAACAAUUGAUUUGUUAAAAAAACAACUAGAUGAACUCCAAACCAAAGAAGAGAUUAUGAAGACAGAUGUAAGCACUUACACUUAUAUUGACACUAGAAGUGUUCAAUCACAAUAUGUUUCAGAGGGAUUAACAGAGAACAACCUACCUGGAAAUACAACAAAUCUGUUGACUGAGGAUAGUUUGUCAUCAGAAGAAAAAUUAAAAUCUCUCUCAUCUGAAAAUAAUUCUUUAAAAACAGAAUUAUUAUCAGUGAAACAUGAAUUGAAUAAUAUCACUAUUAAAUUCAAUGAAUUUAAUGAUUCUAAAAAAGCUGAACUAAAUAAAUAUGAAACUGAAUUAACAAAUCGUUCUACUCAAUUAUCAAUUCUUGAACGACAAUUAAAAGAGUUAAAAUUAAUGAAUAAAAAACUUACUGACGAUUCAUCUAUACUUAUCCAUUCAAACAAGAAUAUACAAUCUGAAUUGGAAACAAUUAAAAGUGAAUUAGAUAUUAAAGAAAAACAAUAUGAAAAUAAUAUUAAUCGACUAACUGAUGAAUUGACCGAAUCGAAAAAUUUAAAUUCUACUCUUCAAGCAAAAUGUCAUCAACUUCAAAUUGAAGCUGAUGAUGCUGUAAAAUCAAAUCAAAUCUGUCAAGAGAAAUUAAUUAGUUUAGAGAAGAAUCUUGAAAGUAUUCGUUCAGAGUCACAAACCGAAUCAAAAUUAUCCAAGAAAGAAAUUGAUUCUCUCAUGGAAAAAUUAAUUAAAGCUGAAGAUGCAAGUUCAAAUCUUCGAAGUGAAUUAAAUUCUAAAUUGAAAGAACUUAAAGAAUUACAAAUAGCUGUUGUUGAAUUAGGUAGAGAAAAUCAAAUACUUCAGGUUUUACGCGAUCGUUUAACUAAUCGUCAAUGGACUAAAGAUGAUGAAGCUUUAACAUGUUUCGGUUGUGAUCGUGAAUUCUCUAUCAGCACACGAAGGCAUCAUUGUAGAAAUUGUGGCGGUAUAUUUUGCCAAAACUGUUCUUCUAAUCGGGCUUCUACAACGUUUAGUAAAGAUCCCGUUCGUGUGUGCCAAAUGUGUUAUGAAGAGUUAACUAGUAAUGCUAUCAAUUAA